UCGGGGCGUGGUUUGGCGACGAGUAUUCAACAUGGCGAUCUAGCUGAACGUCUAUGGUCUUCUUCGAGCUGCGGGCGUCACUUUUACGUAAAAUUUCCUUUCUUUUGCUCUCGGUAGCUUUACGGCAUUGAAUAUGGACAUGAAGAAGAGAGUCCACUUGGAGCUGAAAAACAGAAGUCCGGCUCAGGUCUGCGUGUUGGCUUUAGACACGUGUCGUUCGGGCGAUGGCGAGGUGGACGGUGUGACGGAGGAGUUCUCGGGUCUGGAGGUUCUGCGUAUGGCCAACGUGGGCCUUAAGUCGCUCUCCAAACUGCCUUCGCUGCCCAAGCUACACAAGCUGGACUUGAGUGGCAACGCCAUCUGCGGCGGUUUGGAGGCGCUCGCCCAAAAGUGUCCCAACUUGACGCACCUCAACAUCAGCGGGAACAAGAUCGGCGACAUGGCCGCCCUGGAGGCUCUGGAGCCCCUGAAGAAGCUGAAGACUUUGGACGUAUCGAGUUGUAAGGUGAGCGCUCAGGACGACUACCGCGAGGCCGUCUUCCGCCUCCUGCCCAACGUCACCUAUCUGGACGGAUACGAUCGCCACGACAACGAGGCUCCGGACUCUGACGACGACCAGCGCGACGGCGCCGGUCCACACAGUGGCGAAGACGAUGAGGACGAGGAGGAGGUGGGGCUGUCAUACCUGAUGAAGGAGGGUAUCCAGGACGAGGAUGACGAUGGUGAAUAUGUGGAGGAAGAGGAGGAAGAGGAGGAGGACGAAGACGGAGACGACGAGGUGCUCCGAGGCGACAAGAGGAAGAGAGACGAGGAGGAGGACGAAGACGCGGACGAAGACGACAAAUAGUCGAGCGGGGCUGGGCUGGGCUGGGCCCCUCUUGUUUGCUGAGCUUGGAGCCACGGGAAACACGGUUGGUGAUCAGCUGGUCCUGGUCUUGUAUUGGUCCCGCUUCUGGUGUGUAAAUACAAGUGAACUUUGAAAGUCCCGUCAGUUUGUCCUUAUCCCCCUCCCCCUUUUAACGUUGGUUUUGUUGUGGUCUGACAUUACCAUGGAUCACAUGACUCACUGUUUUUCAAUAAAACCGCCACCAGCAACAUGA